UUCGGGGCCACCGUCACUGAUGCUGCCACUGCUUCCGAAGCCCCCGGCCGCGGAGGGUUCGAAGUGGAUGCCAGCGGCCGUGGCUAUCGCGUCCGACAUCGGGGCCGGCCGAAAAGAGCCGAGGAGACCCGAGCGGAGCCGAAAAUUCCCGGGAAAAGCCGACCCCCGCCGUCAGGUUGGAAUCUUCGCGCGGGCUGCGGCAGCGCCUUCCUCUGCCGGGGACGGGCAAGAUGGAGACACUUCCCGGAAGUGGCGGUAUCUAGGGAAGCACGCGUUGCCAUGGCGCCGGCGUUCUUCAAGAUGGAUACGGAGGACGAAGACGACAAGGCGGAGGGGGGAGAAUACGCCGACGACGAGGAUGAAGAGGACGACGAGGAUUACUACUACGACGACGAGGACGAAGAAAAGGAGGAGGAGGAGGAGGGGGUAGAAGGGGAGGAAGGGGGCGACUGGAGGGCCCUCCGGAGGAAGCGCCGCUCCGUCUCUCGGGCCAAAGCCAAGCUUGACCGCGGCCUCUCCGCCGAAGCCGAGCUGAGGCCUGGCUCGGAGGCGUCGGAGCAGAAACUCCCCGAGGAACCAGAGCCGCCCGCCUCCACGGGCCCCGCGCAUUUGGCCUGGAGCCCCGAGGAAGUGGCCGAGUGGAUCGCAGCCAGGGGCUUCCCUCAGUACAAGGAGUGCUUUACUGCAAAUUUCAUUUCUGGUCGCAAAUUAAUCCAUGUGAAUUGCUCAAAUCUUCCACAGAUUGGGAUAACAGAUUUUGAAGAUAUGAAGGUGGUGUCACGGCAUAUUCGUGAAUUGCUGAAAAUAGAGGAGCCUCUUUUUGUCAGAAGCAUCGCUCUUCCACCCAGAGAUAAUACGGGUUUGUUCCUAGAGCAAAAAUCUCGAACUGGACCGCGAAGUGAUGCCCUGACCUAUUCUCAAUUUAUUCUUAAUGAAGGAUUGCUUGAUUAUGAGCCAAAGCCUCCAACUCCACAGCCUUCAGCAUCACAAUGUGAAGGUUUGGAGCUUGAAAGUCUGCAAGUCUCACAGUGUGAAGAAAUGGAGCUUGAAAGUCCACUGCAACUAUCACAAAGUGAAGGUUUGGAGCUUGAGAGUUCACAACAAAUAUCACAAUGUGUAGGUUCGAAGCCUGAAAGUCCACAACAACAUAAUUCAGUUCCUUUGCAAUAAAAAUACAUUGUUUUUA